AAUGUUUCACAUUUGUACUGGAAUCACAAUUGCUGCAGGAUGCAACUUUUCACUGCAAUACUGUGUGUUGCCAGCCUUCUUGCUGUAGCAGGGGCAGCAGAAAAUGAAGAUGAGUAUACUGAAAUGCAUGAGAUGCUAGAUGAGCUAAAGGAGAUUGUGCAGGAUAUGAAGAAAGUAAAUGACAAGAGCACACCUUUUGAUGAAGAUAAUGAGGACUUUGAUUCUGUAGACAGUGGAUUAGAAUUCAUAACUGAUGAUGUUACUAAGGAAGGACGUUGCAUCCAAUCCUUCAAAAUUGAAGCUACUACUGGUACUAGACAUGGUAGCAAUCAAAACCCAAGAUAUGGUACUAAUCCAAGGCUUGCUAUUAGAGUUUCUGGUACCACUUAUUCAGCAGCAAUUACCGGUGUUAAGAAUUAUGGUCGAAAUGUUUAUCGCACAAUAUCAAGAAGUAGCUUCAGCCCAUCUCUUCCAUGCAUCAGUCGCAGUAGAAUUACAAAUGCCUACCUCCAGUCCCCAUAUGGUGGUAGAGAUGGCUGGUUUGUAAAAUCUAUCAAGACAUACUACAGAACUGGUGUCAGCUACAAGCUACUGUCAUCUGAUACCAAUUUUAAUAAGUGGGUUGACUAUGAUGAGAGAUGGCGCUACCCUUACAAUGCAAGACUUGUUCCAUUGACCCUAACUAAGUCUUCUCACAGCAGCAGCUGUUUGACUGACUUUAAAAUCGAUGCAUUAACAGGAAGCCGUCGAUAUGCAGGAUUCAGCUCAUCUUAUAUGGGCUACAGGAAGCACAAGAUACAGCUAUACCUUAAGGACAAUUCUCAGUUGCAAGGUGACAUUUGCAGCCCUGCUUAUAGAAACAGACCAUUUUCAUGCCAUCUUACAUUUUCAAGGGGUUUCAAUGCAGGCUCAAAAUGCAUCAAAAAAUCAGAUAUUAGAUUGGUGAUGAUAGUUGCAGGUGGAAGGGAUGGUUGGUAUGCGACUUCAAUAACAACAAAAGUCAGAACGGCUUCAGGGUUUUAUGAAGUACUCACCGAAGAUAAACCUUUUGAUAAAUGGCUGGAUGGUGAUCAGGCUCAUCUUUAUAAGUAUGACGCUAAAAAGCAUGUACUAAGCCUAGGCAGUGAAGAUACACCGCUAUGUGGCUUUGAACAUCCAACCUGCACUUGUAAGGAAACAGCCAGCACUUGUAUAUUCAAUUUGGAGAUAGAUGAAAUACAAACCUUCACAAGCUAUCAAAAACUGAGACAUGAUGAUGAUGAGAGCUCGUUGUACAUCCGUGGCACACAAGGAGUGAGCUACUUUAUAAAAGACGGAGUAGAGAGAUCACACAAAGCAUACAAUGGAAGGAGCUGCAGCAAGCAAACAUUUAAUGAAACAAGAUGUACAUAUCCUCAGUAUGUUGAUGGUAAAACAUUCCGUGAAGCAAUUGGAGUCAAUGGGCAAAUACCGGGUCCAACAAUAAUUGUGCAUGAUCAGCAGAUGGUUGUCAUUCAUGUCCGUAAUAAUCUAACACUUGAAGGUGUAUCUAUACAUUGGCAUGGGAUGCAUCAGAGAGGCACACCUUGGAUGGAUGGGGUUGGACAAAUAUCACACUGUCAAAUUGGUCCUGCUAGUACUUUCAGUUACAUAUACAAGGCAAGCCCUUCUGGAACAUUCUGGUAUCAUUCUCAUAGUGGGGCUCAGAGGACUGAUGGUUUCUUUGGAACAUUGAUUGUAAAGGAACGAAGCGCCGAUCUACAGAGAAUUACAAAUGCACUUAAUUUAGGGGCAUUUGAAGACAAGCCUGGUGAGCAUAGCAUUUCAUUACUGGAUUGGGAAUCUGAGCCAGGCUAUGGAAGACUGAUAGCUGGUCUUGGGUAUUAUGAAGAAACCACCCCAGGGCAGGUACCUGAUGAUAAUCAUGAGCGCUAUGAGUCUACAAGAAGCUAUGAAAGUGGUGAAGUAGGUCCAGUCCCUUUCUAUUCAGGACUCAUCAAUGGUAAGGGAAGGCAUAAAGAUGUGGAUUAUGCUGAGACAAGACUGAGUGUGUUUACUGUUGAGGCUGGCAAGAAGUACAGGUUUAGAUUGAUUGGGGCUCAGGGACUGUAUGCUUAUAAAUUCUCCAUUGAUGGACACAAACUAACUGUAGUUGCUACAGAUGGCUAUUGGACAAGGCCAGAAAAAGAAGUGGAUUAUAUAAUAAUUCACACAGGAGAGAGGUUUGAUUUUAUUCUCAAUGCCAAUCAGCGCAUAAAGGAAUAUUGGAUGAGAGCUGAAACGUUAGAAAUAAACCGAACAAGUCGGUCCAGUCCUCCGUAUGAGUCUCUUGGUCAUGUUGCCGAGGGAAUUCUUCAAUAUGUCCAAAAAGGAGAGACCAACAUACCAAACAUACCAUCAACAAGAUACCAAUCCAUCAAAGAUAACUCUCCUCCAAUUGUUUGUAGAAACGGUCGACCGUGCAGAGCAAUCAAUUGCCCUUUCAAGGACUUUCAUCCAAACUACUACACAAGAUGCACUAAUAUUGUAGAGAUGCGUCUUCUUCUGCCAGCUCCUAGAAAUGAAAUGCCAAAUGCAUAUCCAUGCACAUUUAAAAACUGUCGACACUUCAUAAAUUUCAAUUUCGAAGGCGACGCUCAGUCUAGUGCCGUCAAUGGCCGUAAUUUUGUUCUCCCUCCAGCCCCACCUCAGACGCAGUAUAGCGACUUCAUAGAUCAAGCAACACACUGCUCUCUUGAAGCUUCUUGCAACCCACAGAACACAAGCUGUCUCUGUACUCAUAGGCUGGACUUACCAUACGGUCGAACUGUUCAAAUUGUUCUCUCAGCAGUUGGGCAGUGGGACAAUGCUCACCCCAUUCAUGUACACGGUCACACGUUUCAUGUUUUAAAAGUCGGUUACCCUGAAUAUGAUUCCCAAACUGGGUUUAUCAAAAAGGAGAAUGGAGACAGUGUCCAUAAUUCGGACAUUAAAUGCGGCGACAGCACUUGCACCAAUAACUGCAAUAAGAAGAGAUGUACCCAACCAGGCUGGUCUACUACCAAUGGGCCCAGACUCUCCAUCGAUCGAUACACAAUAAGAAAGGAUACUGUGAUGCUACCGGCUGGAGGGUAUGUUGUUAUUAACUUCCUCAGCGAUAAUCCAGGAUUCUGGUUCCUACAUUGCCAUAUUGAGGUUCAUCAGUUAGAAGGGAUGGCAUUGGUUCUUAAUGAAGCCUAUCCCAAACAAAUGAGUCAGCUAAAACCACCCGCCUCAAUGAAUAAAUGUGGAGACUUCCACAUGACAGUUGGUGACUACGAAGCAUAUGCCAAAAAGUUCAAAACCUCAAUCUCUGCCUAUCAGCAAAAUGCUACUAAAUUAUCAUUUGCACCAGAAGAAGAUACAAGUGAUUUCCCUGACACCAUUGCACCUGAUGAUAUUACUGAAGAGGAAAUGGAUGCACUAAGCAAUGACCUAGGAGAGUAUCCCUAAGACCUUAAGCAAAAAUUUUUUUUAGUUGGCAGUGUAGCUGUUUUUCGCUAUUAGCUUUAGUCAGUUUCUUUCUGUGUGUGUGUAUGCCCCAUUUUCUUUAAAGAAAGUUUUAUUUUGAACAUUGAGACAAUAAAAUGCUUAAGGAUUAUAUAA